CCAAGCACGCGGUCGACGGCGCGCCUUCGCGAGAGACGCACCGCUAUAGCAUCGCGGCGAGUGCGUGGUUCGACCAGUGGCGCGGCGCCGGCGUCGUCGCUGCCUGGACGACCGAGAGGAUAACCCCCGGCACGCGCGCAUCACCGAGUGCCAUGGGGUCCCACCGGCGGACCCGCGACGCCGCAGCCUGCUCCAUGCGUUCGCUGUGUUGGAGCACUGCCGUGCUUGCUCUCUGCUGUGUCAUCGGCCGCGCCGGACUGUGCAAUGGCUUGCGGUUGGUGCGGUUGGACAUGCCAAGCGCUGUGAUCCGCGGCGACCCUCUCUGGCUUAACUGCUCGUUCGACCUCGAGUCAGACGACCUGUAUUCCGUGAAAUGGUACAAGAACAACAGGGAAUUUUUCCGGUACCUGCCCAACGAGAACCCGCCGGGACAGGCGUACAGGUUGUCAGGAGUCUACGUGGACGCAAGCCGCAGUUCUGUCGGGAGCCUCUACCUGAAAGAGACAGACCUCAAGUCGGAGGGCCUGUACGCGUGCGAAGUGUCGGCCGAUGCACCUUCCUUCCAGACAAUUCGCUCAGAAAAGGAACUGAAGAUCUACGUCCUACCAAAAAAGGGCCCCGAGAUUCGCGGCACCAAGCCCCACUACAGGUUCGGAGACGCAGUGAACGUGACCUGCCGAGCAGAUGCAUCGAAACCGCCAGCAGUAUUGGUGUGGUACAUCAAUGGUGAACAGGUACCUCCAUCGUUCGAGAAAGUGCACCCCAUUCUCCGCGACGAAGACCAGCUGUACCACUCGUCCCUAGCAAUGACUUUCACGGCCGAACCCCGCCACUUCACCUACGGCAUCAUGAAACUGAAAUGUACGGCCACUGUGUCCGAGGCAUACUCGUUAUCCAGCGAAGAGAUCGUCGCUGCACAGGACGCCAAAAGCACGCGUUCCGAGGAUGACAAGCCCUCGAUCACGGGAGGCCAGGCGAGCUACCACGUUGGCGACCUGGUGAACGUGACCUGCAGCUACUCUCGAUACGGACGACCCGUAGAACUCCAAUGGCAACUAAAUGAGAGAGAGGUGUCGAACCGGUACCUGGUCCACUAUCCGAUUCAGCGGCUCGAGUCCGGACGCCAGGUGACGUCGCUGGGACUGCGCUUCACUGUGCGGCCCGGACACUUCGUGCACGACGAGAUGCGCAUCAAGUGCAUGGCCGUGCUGCCGGGCGCCGCCAGGGGCUCGUCCGCCUCCACGUCCUCCUCGGCAGCUGGCGCGAGCGGCGACUCGUAUUCCGAGAGAGAGUUCGUGCUCGGUAGCAGCCAUCGUUCGUCAGGGCUUCAUGUGCCUGGGCACUACGGCGCUGUUGCUGAUUCCAAUGGCUCGCCGCCUUUGAAGUCACUGUCUCUCUUCCUCGAAAGCUCAGCGACAUUGCUCCUUUUGACGCUACUACCGAUGGUUUCGUGAAGCAGUCUUGACUGAGGAUCAAAUUCAAGAGUUUGUUGUAUGCCCUUCCACCGACUUGGGUUCACGUGUUUCCAAAACACCGUAUUUACACUUGUUCAAUUUUCGAUGUGCUUCACAUCAUUUACACAGUUGUCUUGCGCAUGAAAAACAAUGUACAUAAAUCAGUGCCUUCGAUUCGCGUCAUUGAUGACAUCGUAAACGAUCAAGGAUGAGUGAGUGCUGCAAGAAAAUUGUGAAUAAUCACGAAACGGCACAUGCAAUUAAUGCUCCCCAAAUGACAGAAGAUGCGCGCUUUUUAAGCCACGACAUCACACUGGAAGGUUGGGAGCCUAUACAUUUCACAAUGUACGGCUAGAGCGGCUAGAGCGAUUGUUUUUUUUAUGGCAUAGUUUUCAGCUGAAGUGACGGCCUUGCUUGAUGACGUCACACUGAGUGCGCAUAGGUAUUCUGUCAUCUGGGAGGUGUCUGUGCAAUGUGCGUUGCCAUUGUAGAGGCUCGCAAGGCAAAACUAGAUUUUUUUUUCACUAGGCUUUCAAUUUGUUUCUCUCAUCUAUGGCACUACACGGGAAUGCAAGCGAUGAAUAUAUGGUACGAUGCUAACUGUACUGCAGCUAUAUUAUACUUGAAUAAAAAAAGUUUGUUGAUACUACAAAAAAUAAAUAGUGCAGCACUGUCACCCCCCCCCCCCCCCAAAAGAAAAGAAAGAGAGGAACAUGGCUGCUUGGGUUAUUAAGUCUCAUUAAGAAAGGGAGCAGCUUAACUACAGUCCAGAAUAGUAAAAGUGAAACAUCUGCACGAUAUUUUACUCUUCUGAUACAAAAAGAGAAAUGGUCGUUUCAAGAAGAGUUACAGCCUCUUGGUUAGUUGGACUGCUUUCCAAGGUUUUAUUUAGUUAUGUUAAUGCAAGAAUUCUAGUUUGCAUUCAUGCCAGUACGAAUGUUGGCAAAUGCGACGCAUUCUUGUGACGCAAUAUGUGAAAUGCGGGGUUAUGUGCUUGGUAUAUUCUUGCUGAAACUGAAUCUGUGAAGAUAAAAAUUAAAAUGGGAAUGCACUUGAAGGCAGCAUUACAGUUUAUUUAGGACGUCUACUUUGUCACGAAAAGUGUCCUACAUCUUGUUCGUCUCUCGCUCUCGAUAUAUCUGUUCAUCCUACUGCACACUCUUCUGUGUUCGAUUACAUUACAUUCAGCGUGUGUACACCAUUUGGCUUCUAUUUUACACGUGCUGAUGCUCAAGAUGUACUACAACUUCUCAGGAGGUACCAGUAGCAGUUAAUGACCUUUCUCAACUGCGGUGGUUCGUAAGUUGAAAUAAGUUUACAUAAUAGAACCACAUAAUUCUCGUAGUCUAAUCUCAAUUGAUUUCUGUUUAAUAGUUUGCGUUCUUGUUAAAUGGAAGCGUUUCACUGGCAGCGUAUAGUACGUGCAUUUUGAGCUGAAUGUAAAUUUCCGGAUAAGGAUUAUGCGAAUUCAAGCAGGCUUCCAUUAUCGGAAAAAAGUUGUAACAUACACUGGUAGGGAGUUGCCUGUCCUUCUUCAACAUGCUUUCGCUCCAGUAGACAGCAGUGGAUCGUGUAUGUCGGGGAGCUAUUGACAAGCAUUUCAGAAAAUGACUGUGACUGUCGAUAAGCGGUAUUAAGAAGGAAAUUACAAAAAAAAAAAAUAAAACAAUUGGGUGUACUUUCAUCGUACAAAACCGAUAAUAUUUAAUAUAUUAGUUUGAUGUUACGCAAAUCAUUUCUUCAUUCCACCGCUAUUUGCGCGAAGCUUGCUUUUCGAAGUCCUAAACAUAACCUCUCAAGCCAUUAAGCUGUCUUCUGUAUCAUAAUUUAGGGCCACAUAUGUUAAAAUUGAUCCCUCGAUGGGGUACUUUGAGUCGACCAAUGGUUACGCACCAAUUAUUUACAAUUUUUUCUAAUUCGAGAAAACAGACCGGUUUAGCUGUUUUACAUCCAAAGUUUUCUUGCCUGAUGGUAUUGACGGGCAACAUGCUAUACUGCAGCGUAUUAUUUUUCACCUAUUUGUUUUACGUAUACACAAACAGAAAAAAAAGCGCAUUGUUUUGAAGACUUGAUUGAUGUGUUUCCUUACACAUAGGUGUUAUUCGCGAUGUUCCAUUUCUGCAGGUCAUAUGUAAAUAAAAGAGUUGAUCAAACGGACUUGUGCUGAAGUACUGCGCGUUAAGCAUUACGAGGUUAACCGAAAAAAUGAUGUUCAUUGUAGGCUGGCUAAUGCUACUUGAUAUGACCUCGACGGCUCCGCAGACGUUUACACAUGUGUACUAUUGCCACUGUAAAUAAAUACAUGUAAAAAUCUGUACAUAAAAAUUUUCCUUUCAUUACAA